CUUUUUUUUAAUGUACAAUAUAGAAAACCCUGGUGGUUUAGUGUUUAAGAGCUAUGGCUGCUAACCAAAAGUUUGGCAGUUCAAAUUCACCCGGCACUCCUUGGAAACCUUAUGGGUCAGUUCUGCUCUAUCCUAUAGGAUCCUAUGAGUCGGAAUCAACUAGAUGGCAACUGGCUGGAUUUUAUUGUUUGUUUCAUUUUAUGUACAAUAUAUAUGUAUCAUUCAAUAUUUAAAUUACAUCCAACAGUGAAUACAUAAAUUGUUUACAGAAACAAUUUUAAGAACCAACCUCAGCUGUUUUCUGAUGAUGUUAUAUUUUGGAAAUUUCUGAAAAUGUGGGAGAGAAACAAUUAAGAUCUGAAACUCCUAAGUGUGAAAGAAAAUAAACAGGUUUUAAAUGAAACUGUAACAAGGAAUUAUCCUUUAAUGGUAAAAUUAAUUUUACCUUUUAUUAAUCUCUUAAAGACAAAACAACACAAUAAAUGGCUCCAGGGAAUCUCACAAGGGUGACUGAGUUCAUUCUCAUGGGAAUCGCAGACCUUCCUGAGCUCCAGGUCCCCCUUUUCUUUGACUUCCUGGUGAUCUAUUGUCUGACUGUGGUAGGGAACUUGGGCACCAUCACCCUUACCAGUGUUGACUCCAGACUUCAAACCCCCAUGUACUUUUUCCUUCGACACUUGGCUAUCACUAAUCUUGGCAAUUCUACCACCAUUGCCCCUAAAAUGUUGCUCAACUUCUUGGCUAAGAAGAAAACCAUCUCAUACUACUGUUGUGCAGCUCAACUAGGUGGAUUCUUAGUUUUCGUGGUGGCUGAAGUUUUCAUACUGGCGGCAAUGGCCUAUGACCGCUAUAUGGCCAUUUGCAACCCCCUGCUCUACAUGGUGGUGGUAUCUCGGCAGAUCUGCCUUCUGCUAGUAUCCCUCAUAUACCUCUACAGCCUGAGCACAGCACUGACUGCCUCUUCCUGUGUGUUCUCUGUGUCAUACUGUUCUUCCAAUGUAAUCAACCAUUUUUAUUGUGAUAACAUCCCUUUGCUAGCAUUGUCCUGUUCUGAUACUUACAUUCCAGAUAUAACAGUGUUCAUGUUAUCAGGUAUCGACCUGUUUUUCUCCUUGAUCAUUGUUCUAAUAUCCUACUUCAACAUUUUCCUCACCGUUUUGAGGAUACAGUCCUCAGAAGGGAGACAGAAAGCUUUUUCCACCUGUGCUUCUCACUUGAUGGCCGUCACUGUGUUCUAUGGGACCCUCCUUUUCAUGUAUAUGCAGCUAACAACCAACCACUCAUUAGAUACUGAUAAAAUGGCCUCAGUCUUUUACACCCUCGUGAUACCAAUGUUGAAUCCCCUCAUUUACAGCCUAAGGAACAAGGAAGUGAAGGAUGCACUGAAGAGAUUCCUUAAUAACCCAUGCAAAUCUCUCAAACUAGUGUAAAUAAAUACCUACAACUGUCGUCUUCUAAAAGUCUUAAUUUGCUUCUGACAAAGCUGCUGUUAAGUGAAGAGACAAUUUAAAUGGUUAAAAAAAAAAAAAUCUAUUCAUUUCCAUGUGAAAAAUACUAAGGCAUUUUUUCCCAAUUCAAAAUACCAAUCUUCCUAGAGGGAUAAAGUUUCCAAUUAUACAAUGAAAAUGAACUUACAUAUGUUAUAAACAACAAUUUGAAAAUAAACAAAUACAUCAUAUAAAUAAAUUGCAACUUGUUCAAAGGUUUGUGUUUUAUACCCUCUACAUAUGGUGUCUGUUGUUGUUGUUAGGUGUCAUCAAGUCCAUUUCUACUCAUAGGGACAUUAUGUACAAGAGAAGGAAACACUGCCUGGUCCUGGGCCAUCCUCCUGAUCGUUGUUAUGUUUGAGCCCAUUGUUGCAGCCACUGUGUCAAUCCAUCUCCUUGAGGGUCUUCAACCUAGGUGCCAUAUUUGUUUGCAAAUAAGAAGAAACAGCUACAAACAAAAGGUAUCUAGGUGGUGCAAAUUGUUCUUGCUAGCCCAAAGAUUGGAGAAUCAGACUCACCCAGCAGUGCCAGGAAAGAAAGGCCUUGUGAUUCUCUUCCUUUAAGAUUACAGCCAAGAAAACACUGGAAAAAUUUCUACUCUGUAACACAUGGGUUGGUUCUGAAUUGAAAUUGACUUGCUGGCAACUAACAACAACAACAUAGUCCCUAAAUGAGGCAGAGAAGGCCUGAUAAUGGGUGGUGGAGCUAUAUGAGGGUCAUUGCUUGAAAGAUGAUAGAAAGUCAGAUCAUCCUCCUUGAUACACUCACCUGUUGCCCAAGGACAAAAGAUUUUACAUUUUCUGUUUUUUUUUUUUUUUAUACCAUAUUUUCCACUAAUAACCUUUUGCACCAUUUUCUCCAUCUAUCACAUGUUUUGUGAACCCAUUGUUGUCUUACACUUAAAUUUAUAACACAUGAAAGUAAACAUGUAGGGGAACAUAAAAACUAAGCUCAAGAGUGCCUUGAAAUACGCCAUGUGCCAUAACAGAUUGAAAUAAAAGUAAAAGCAUUCUACGUUUUUCCCACUCUCUCGUAGACAUGUGCACAAAGCAAAAAAAUUAUGUUGAACUAAUUAUGAUAGAUAAUUAAAUAUUUUCCACAUGAUAUUCUCAUACUGAAAUCCAUUGUGUAGAGUU